AUGGAUGCCCAAGAACAAUUUUUCAGGAGACUCGAGCCAUAUGUGGCCAGGGUCGAGGAGGUGGCGAACCAGAUAAGACGGCUGCCACAAACCCGAGCACGUCGUCACGGCAAGGCAACGGACAGUAUUUCGUUUGCAGGUCCUGACCAGACCCACGGACACGAAGAAGACCCAUCCGCGCCAUCAGUCGAACGUCUCAUAAAAUUAGUCGAGCAAUUCUUCAACGAAGUCCGCACCAUGGCGAAGGGCAUCAACAACACGGUCAACCAUACUAUGUCCAAUAACAAGCCAGAUACAACUACAGCAACCAUAGACCCACGACCUACAAUCUCCGGCACGGCCAGCCCGGUUCCAGCAACACGUACACAGGAGAACAAUGCUGCCGACAGGGUCGAGGCGGGCGCGCACACACCCGACGAGGGCACAACAGCACCCGGCAGGGGACAAAGUGCUGCGGCCCAUUCCGACGGACAGGCGGACCAGGGCACAGAACAGACCGACGCAACACAAGGCCGGAGAGACGAGCCGAGUGGCCAGGUGGACCUAUCACACGCCGAGCCUGCCAGGGCGGAGACCACCACUGCUGUUGGGACCGCUAAAUACCUCUCCGACCCCCAAUGGAUACCGCUCGGCGAGGAGAACCUCGGAGACGCCCUAGUACCAUUCAUUGAGACAUUGCUCAGCCAGCAACAGAACUCGGGAGACGGACUCAGGUUGCUCCGGCUCAAGAUCAAGGAGGGCAUAAUGCAAAAGAUGCGCUUGAUUAGUGACGCCAUGGGCAAAAGGCAGCCACGGAUUGACCGGAACGCCGUCCAUGCUAUGGAGUACUGGCCUUCGGACGAGCCAGGUAUGGUUUCACUAUAUGAGCUGGGAUCGAACUUCAGCUUUCCGGACUUUGCGGCCACGCCGGACAGGCCCACGGACAGCGAGAUCGCCGCCUGCCUGGAUGACCUCUUCAGCAGGCGGGAAAAGCACAAGGUUAAUCACUAUGUCGGGAAGCCAAUUACCCCCCACGCCGAUGGGAUCAUCCGUCCCGGCAGGAGGAUAUUAGAGCUACCUACCAUACAUGGCGCGCAAGACUACUUUUGGCAUGCAGGUGUGAAGCACUCAGGCACACCAUUCCAUAAGGAAGACGCAAACUUCCGCUCUAUCAACAUGGUCCUAUACGGGUUCAAGCUCUGGAUAGUCAUACACGAGGAUUCCUCCGCGCGGUUCGAGGAAUUUUGCAGACAGCAGUAUCGUGAAGUCGGGGUGUGCUGCCCGCAAGACCUGUCCGGCCACAAGACCGUUGAUGACGACCAGUUGGUACGGCAUCGCAACUGCCUUAUCCACCCCGACCGGCUACAUAAGGAGGGGAUCUCGUACGACAUGUUCGUUGCCGGCCCGGGGGACGUGGUGGUCACCGGCCGCAACCAGUAUCACGGCGUCAUUAACGUGACUAGCUGCUUUGCUAUCUCGAUUAACUUCCUGCCCUUGUGGGAGACACCCCUCCAGGAAGAGAUCUGGACAUGCCCGGACUGCGGGCUCUACAUACUAGGCCAUGAGAAGGUACGACAAAUCCCCAAAAAGUGCAAGAGGUGCAAAAGCUGCGGGAGGUUUCACCUCCCCGUCAGCACCCUCCGGCAAGCCGGGGCGAGGAAGAGGGCCCGCGCCCGGGAGCAGUCACGCCCGGCGGCAAAGAAGAAGAAGCUCACAGCCCCUGCCAUUCCUGAACGCCUCCCGACCAGCGCAGGACCCGACAACCGGAUGGCUGAGGAGUCUGCGAUACAGCAGGACCCUUUCAUCACGCCCAGCCCGAUCCGGAUAACAACAAUGGAUCCCCUUGCCCACAGAAUAGGACUCACUGUCCGCUGCAGUCUGGCAGUUAAAAACCUUGCCCAACUGGCCAGUAUGCUCCGCGUCGGGAGCGUCCAUGCUGCACCAUCGUACCGCGUCCUAUCGGACCCGGAACUUUCACUCGGCAAGCUGUCAGAGCUGGUCACAAGCUACAACACCAACUCCAAGAUCUCGUCGGUACUGGACUAUAUCUCACAAAUCAGGUUCUGGCGUCGGAUCUACGAGAAACUCGGGGAUCAGAUGAAUAUGACCCCAUGGGCCUGGGGCAUAAUAGCUCAAGAAAUGGGUGUAGAGGACCUGGAAGACUCUGAAAAGAAGCAGAUCCUUAAACGCCGGAACACCGGAAGGAAGCUGGGCGGGGAUCUCAGGGGCCUGAUCAGUCUUAUUCCUUCAACGCCCUCGCCACCGUGCUCGAUCCAGCUCUCAGACCUGACAAAAUUGAACGAGGAUCAGGAGGCCGCCCUCUUGAACUGCAUCAGUCGAGACAAAUACUCAAAGGCACUCAUGGAAUGCGGUGAAGAGCUGGUUGAUAUGCUGGUGAAUGGCGAAGAAAUUUACAAUGAGCCGCGGCUGGAUGAACUGGAUCGUGCAAUUGCAGACCUGAAAUACCACGAAGUACUAUGGUUAGUUCAACAAUAG